CCUUGCUUCCUGCUUUCUGCCUGACGUCAUCUUCUCGGAACAGGAGUCGUGCGUUUGGCCCGACAGAAGCGACAGAACCGACAGAAGCAUCGAGCAGAGAAAAGCACAGAAUCCCCCCGUGUCUGGAGGAGUAUGGAACAAGUCCAGCAGAACGGCGGCAUAACCAAGAAGAGAGAAGACUACCUGGAAUGGCCAGACUACUUCAUGGCUGUAGCUUUUCUCUCAGCCCAGAGGAGCAAAGACCCAAGCUCACAGGUUGGGGCAUGUAUAGUGAAUGAGGAGAAUAAGAUAGUUGGCAUUGGUUACAAUGGAAUGCCUAAUGGCUGUGAUGACGACCUACUGCCGUGGUCCCGGUCUGCGGAUGACAAACUCAACACUAAAUACCCUUAUGUGUGCCAUGCAGAGCUGAACGCAAUCAUGAACAAGAACAGCGCCGAUGUGAAGGGCUGCACCAUGUAUGUGGCUUUGUUCCCCUGCAACGAGUGUGCCAAGCUCAUCAUCCAGGCCGGCAUUAAGGAAGUGGUCUUUCUUUCUGACAAGUACCACGACUCGCUGGAGAUGACUGCUUCCAGACGGCUGCUCAGCAUGGCAGGCAUACACUACAGGCAGUUCAUCCCCAAGAUGACUAAGAUAGUCAUUGAUUUUAAUUCCAUUAACCACCCUGGACUGUCGAACGGCUCAGCUGAGUGAAGAUGCAGACAGGUCACUUGAAAGCUGCUGAGCGAGACUGACGAGAUGAAUGGUACUUUAUCUUUUCUCCUCACGUCUUCUCGCCCCGGGCUCAGUCCAAAGGAAAACUCGUGGAUAUAUAGACUUCUUCAUCUUUUGAUAAUCCGUUACAUCUCUUUUGUGUUGUCAAUCAGAUCUGCUCAGGAGAAACCUGGAAUCUAUUUCUCCUCUGAACGAGGUUCCACAUUAAUACAGAGGUUUCUUUAUAUUCAGCUGAUUUGACCUUUCGCAUUGACAGAGGGAGCUGCUUUGUGUUAUCAUCUGAGUCAACAGUUGGGAUUUCAGGGGGCAGCCAUUUUGGGUACACUAAUAUUCCAUUGUGAAAGACUCCAAAUCCAUUGCCAGUAAUGGAUUUCUUCUCAAUGAUGAUUGGUUUGGUUUUUGGUCUGUAUAUCACUCCCUGCAACCGAGAGGUUGUUUGUGAUGAAUUUAGGUUCAUCAACCCUAUUUGCAUCAGUGUUCUAUGUAUUUUUUACAUUUUGGGUUUGAGGUGGUCUCAUGGAGAUCUACUUUGUCUUUAGAUGGUCUCUGAAAAUGUUUUUAUAACGAACAAAAUAGUUUUAAUUUUAUUUGCAAAUGGAACAGCUCCAGCUCCAAUGAGGCUCUAACAGCACAUCUAUUAUUGAGCCUGGUUUAACUGUGGUAUUUACUCUGUUCAUGUGCAGGGGGUUCAUUAUAUUAUUUAUUGUCGAUAUGGAUCUUAGUUUUAACGAUGUUCUGAAAGCGUUGCUGUCUUCAUUUGGUUUCUUUUGGUGAUUGGACUGUUAUUGUAAAAUGUCAUACUAUUUCCAAUUGUACUAACAGCUGUUUGUCAACCAUGGAGUGACUGUUAUACAUGCGGGAAAGUCUGACUGUGGGUUUAAAGCCAGAGUGUUUAAAGACAAAGAACCAGUAUGGACACGGAUGAAAACUUUUUAUUUUACCUUUAUAGACUUGGUUUUUAAUAAAUGUCAUUUCCCACCGGCA